UAAGGAAACGUACAUGGCUGGCCAGAGGUCCAUUGUGUUGGUGACUGUUAUGGCUUUAUGCCUCUUUUGCAGAGCCACAAUGGCUAAUGGGAAUUACUGGAAAGUUGCUCAUGCAACGUUCUAUGGGGAUAUGAAUGGCUCCGAAACCAUGCAAGGAGCCUGUGGCUAUGGAGAUUUAUUUAAACAAGGCUACGGCCUUGAAACAACAGCCUUAAGUACAGCACUAUUCAAAAAUGGCCAAACUUGCGGAGCCUGCUACGAGAUCCAGUGCCACAACUCCACACAAUGGUGCUUAAAAGGCAAAAUCAGAGUAACUGCAACAAACUUUUGCCCUCCCAAUUACUCAAAACCUGACGGAAACUGGUGCAACCCGCCUUUAGAACACUUCGAUCUUUCACAAAGAAUGUUCAGAAAAAUCGCUCUUUACAGAGCCGGCAUAGUUCCAGUCAUAUACCGUAGGGUUCCUUGCGUUAAACAUGGGGGUAUUAAAUUUGAGAUAAAAGGAAACCCUCAUUGGACCCUUGUUUUAGUAUACAAUGUGGGAGGCACAGGCGAUGUCGCAGACGUGAAGAUCAAAGGCUCCAACACAAAUUGGAUUCAAAUGUCGAGAAACUGGGGCCAAAACUGGCAAACUUCAGCGCAUUUAGUCGGCCAAAGUCUGUCAUUUCGAGUGAGAACCAGUGAUGGGAAAAUGGUGCAAGAUGCUGAUGUUGUGCCGUUUCAUUGGCGAUUUGGGGAUGUAUACGAGAGCAAGUUUAACUUUCCCUGAUGAAUAAUAAGGCCAUGUUGAUUAUGGCCUGUUUAGACUGAAAGAUGAUUCAGUUUGUGUGUAAGUAAAUAUCGUUUUCUUGAUAACGAAGAACGAUGAAUAAUCUCUGAUGAACAUACGUAAUAUUGUAUGUUGCAAUAAAUGUUAUUUGGUGCAUUUUGAAUCUUCGAUGCACAAAAAUA